AUGUGUUUUACAGGAUCUGUUUGUGGUGAUUCGUCUCGGAUCAGUAGCUCUGUUACAGAUGAUGUGAGCGUAGAUAAUAGCUCAAAUGAGAGUGAAGGUGUUGCAUGCUCUAGAAUAUCUCCUGGUGGUAAUAGCUAUUAUGUACCUGUUGUUGAUGCUGUUUUUAUUCCUUAUGCUGAUCAGAGAUUUGAAAGCCUAGAUAAAUGUUUUAAGUUUUAUAAGGAGUAUGGUAGAUAUAGUGGUUUUGAUGUUCGAAAAGGAUGUGAUAAGAAGGAUGAACAUGGUACUACUAUUUUGAAGCAUUUUGUAUGUAGUAGAGAAGGGUUUAAUGAGUUGUUUCGGGGUAAAGUUGUGAAAGGGCGAAGGACUGUUUCUCGGAGGUGUGGGUGCAAAGCAAGAAUAGUUGUGAAGUUAGUGCAGUUGAAUAGUUAUGCUGUGUUUAAUUUUGUGGAGGAACAUAAUCAUCCUUUAGUUGAAGAAAGUUGUAGGCAGUUUUUGAAAGUAAAUAGGGAGAUGACUAUGGGUUUGAGAAGUAUUGUUUUUGAUGCGGCAAAAGUGAAUAUUGGUUGCAGCAAGAGUUUUAGCUUGGCAAAGGAAAUGUACGGUGGUUAUUCAAAUGUAGGUGCUACCUUGCGUGACUUUAGAAAUUUUAAUCGAGAUUUAAAAGAAUAUGUAGGGGAGAAAGAUGGGCAGAUGAUCAUAGACAAGUUUAAGGUGAUGCAGGAGACUUCAUCGUCGUUUUAUUAUGCUUAUGAUGUUGAUUCUGCCGGCCAUUUGACAAAGCUUUUUUGGGCUGAUCCUGUUGGUCGUAAAAAUUUUGAAAUAUUUGGUGAUGCGGUAUCAUUUGAUGCGACGUUUGAUACUAAUAAAUAUAAUAUGGUUUUCGCGCCAUUCACUAGUGUGGACAAACACGACAGAUGUGUUACAUUUGCAGCGUGUCUUUUAUCACAUGAAAGUGUUAGUGAUUAUAGUUGGGCUUUUGAACAAUUGGUGAAGGCGAUGGGAAGAAAUCCGGUGAUUAUUAUUACUGACCAAUGCCCUGCCAUGAAGGUAGCAGUUCCUGCAGUGUUUUCUGACGCUAAUGGUUUGGUGCCUACAAAGCAUAGACUAUGUAUGUGGCACAUUAUGAACAAAUUUCCGAUAAAGCUUGGUAAUCGUUUGUGCAAGGAGACAGAUUUUAUGGAAAAAUUGAAGAAGUUUAUUUGGUCUUCGAUUUUAGAGAUUGAUGAAUUUGAGAAAGGUUGGGAGGAAGUUAUAAAGGAGUUCAAAUUAGAGGGGAACAAGUGGUUGCAGGAUAUGUACGAAAUUAGGAGUUCCUGGAUUCCAGCAUACUUCAGGAAUGAUCCAAUGUUUGGUUUGUUGAGAACCACGUCAAGGUCAGAAAGUGAGAAUUUCUUUUUCUCACAGUUUCACAGGCAAGGCGACAGUUUAUGUGAAUUUUGGAUUCGAUAUCAGAGUGCGAUGGACAGGCAGAGGAAUGAAAGAAAGAGGUUGGAUAAUGAAUCAAAUUCUAGCGUUCCUACAUCAGUGUCUACAUGGUUCAUUGAAGAUGAUGCUGCAAAACUGUUCACACGCUCAAUUUUCUAUAAGGUUCAGGAGGAGAUCAUUGCGUCUUGUUUAGAUAUGCAGAUCAAACGUAUGAGUGAUGAGGUUGAUGGAGUUACUAAUUUUGAGAUUAGGGAUGUUAAAGUGCAAGAUAAACUGUUUAAGGUUUCCGUGAGUAGAAAUCAUGUAGUUUGCUCUUGCAAGAAAUUUGUUAUGUGUGGUAUUGUGUGUAGGCACUCAUUUUGUGGGUUGAAACACAUCGGAGUUACUAAGUUUCCUAGGAGUCUUGUUUUGAAUCGCUGGAUGAAAAUCGCUGAAUCUGGGACUUCAUUAAGUUCUGUUUCUAAUGACUAUUUCAAGAUGGAGCAUGUAUCCAUGAAGUUGACAGAUAUUUGGUAUGAUUUUCGCCAAGUGGUAGACAAAGCUGGUGUGCAAACAGAUAGGCUUGAUUAUGUUCACAAGGUUAUAAAACAGUUGAAUACUGAUCUUGACAGUCAAGGGGUGGUUGUUGAUUUUACAAAGAGGGAUCACAUGGCUGCUAUGGUUGGGGAAGAGCCUGAAGGAGAUUUGACCGUUCUUGCACCGAAUGUUUGUAAGAACAAGGGGAAUUUUUUUAAGAGACUGAUUAGCGAAAGGGAGAAAGCUGUGAUCAAAUCAAAGAAAAGAAUACGAAAAUGCAAGGAAUGUAGCGCAGUUACUCAUGAUUUGAGAACUUGUCCAAAUAGGAAGAAAGGCGAUUCAUGA